CACCCUUGCUCGCUCGUUUGUGUUGUAUUGUGUGCCAGUACGUAGUGUGCCACGAGUACUAAAAUUCUGCACCACCCGUCUGUCGGAUGCUCGAAGCACCACCACAGUUGCCAAAAUAACGUGACGACCCAGUCAACGCAGCAAGAGCAAAAAGAAGAGCAGCAACAACAACAAACGGACCGCUGCACUGCAACAAAGAGCCACGAGCACCCUCGUUGAAUCCUCAGGUCAAAAAGCUUUCCUUGUCUCCUCGUGCAACCCUCCCAUUGUUCAAGUAAGCCCAUCAAGCCAAGCUACCGUAUCAAGCCCACACAACUUGUAGUGAGCAGUAGUAGUCGAGUGUAGUUAGUUCCGCUAGCACCGCAGCAACACAGCAACAGCAACAGCCCAAGCAGGAACGGCAACCAACAACCCAGCAUAGCCCCCUUACAUAGACAAACACACGAUGAUGAUGGACGAUUUCUUGGGUCAGAUCAACGGCAAUGAUCAACAACAACAACAACAGCCGAACCCAUUCGGCAUGGAACCGUUUGGUGGUGCGGAAGCAGCCGCCGCAGAUCCGUUUGGUGCGUUUGGGUUUGGCAAUGGCGGAGACAAUGGCGGAGGUCCCUUUUUGAUGGACGACGACGAUCAUGUGUUUGGUGGUGCUGUUGAUGCCGAGUUUCAAAUGAUGGACAAUAGUCAGCAUUCCAUUGGUGAUUUGUUCUUGUCGGGACACGUGAGUCGUUGUCUUCAAGAAAAGACGUCCAUGAUGCUCAGUGAAGAAGAACUGCGGUGGGCACGAGAACUCAAGGGAGCACUGGAAGCGUCCGACAUGGCCGAUGUGUUGACGGAUAUGCAGAUUGCGCAGUACGCCAUUGUGGCGGACGGACACAUUCUGAAUGCGCUUCAGCGGAUUCACGCCAUGGUGGCCUUUCAAAAAGAAUACGACAUUGACGACAGUGUCGCGCAGGGAAUGGAGUGUAUAGAAGCGCUACUCGAUCAACAAGACGGAGUGUUUUUGGACGUUGACACGAAUCCACAAACCCAAGAGAGUGUCAUUGUGGUCGAUGUCCGCGCGUUCAACCCCAAGGCGGCUCUUUCCGUCAACCGCACGGGCAAGGGCGGAGCCGAACUCCACUGGAAGAUCCUCGCACGAGGAUACUACUACCUCUACAAGGCCGCUCAACCAUCGCUGGCAAGUGUACGACACGGACUCUUUCUAGUUGCCGACUGCGAUGGCAUGGGAUGGGAAAACUUUGAUCUGGAAUCGCUGCAACGAAUCCACGCCGAACUUUUUCAAGCGUAUCCCAUGAGAUGGAAAUCCAUCAUGGCAUACAACACGGGUCUUGUCGCCAAUGUCUGUUGGGGACUCUGCAAACGACUGUGGAGUCUGGAAUUCCGUCAAGCAUUGGAACUGGGAUGUCAACUCGUCGACACGGAUGCUUCCAAACCACCAAGACGCAUGGCCGAAAUGUACCAGCAACCCAAUGUUGCUGCCGUACGUAAAAAGGUACUGCGACGAGUUGGUGAAUUACUGGGGGAACGAGACGAAAAUGAAGACGAAUAUGAUUUCCCACUCGUCUCUCAAUAAGGAAAACAGACUCUCUUGAUACACUACACACAAGUCAAAAGGUCAAAACACAUCCAUCCUGUGCCAUAAUACUACUCAUUUCAUCAUCCAUUCCAUUUUCAAUCUAAAAAGGAAAAACACAAACACAGAACGAGUUUAAUUAGUAACUGCAUUUUCCCUUUUUUUC